UUAAUUUACCCUUUAACGGUGUGUCCAGACUUAAGCCUUUUGACAACCACAUAAUGCUAUUUAACUUGGAUUAAUGAUAGCCUGGGUGGAAGUCUGUUUGUGAUGACGCAGGACUUGGCUAAAGCAGAAAUAGAUUGGAAUAUUAAGAAGAAUAAGAAUAAGAAUAAGAAGAGAGAAUAAGAAGAGACGAAUAAGAAGAGAAGAAGAAGAAGAAGAAGAAGAAGAGAGAAUAUUAUCACAGCUCCACGAGCUCUCUUCACGAUUGGCGAAAGCGUCAUAUUUGAAGGUCAAUUAAACAUGAAAAGAAAGGGCGAGAUAUAAGACUUCUUUUUAAAGAAGCACAAACAGGCAGAUCAGGUGCAAACAGACCCCAGCCCUUGCAUCACCACCGGACCCCAGAGCAGCUCCCUACCUGAGGCUAGAGUCAGUGUGGUCAGACUUCACAAGGACCCAGUCUACCACCACCAGAUGUAUCAAGGGACGACACAGAGACCUCUGGCUCUGAGCAAGACAGUGAGCCAAAGCUGCAAGGAGAUUUCAUCCAGCCCCUCCCAACCGCAUCAAGCAUCAUAUAUGCUGUUCCAAAAGGACCCAAUGACAUUUCAAGAUCCAGAGAAGAGGGUCCUGUACAGCCGUGUUUGAAAACAUUUCCCAGAACUCAGCAUGGUACUAGGAAAAGGGCUUUCAAACAGAAGUACUUACAUUAAAACAAUUGCAGAUGUGCUCCUAUUAACUGCCACUCAAACUAUAGCGCAGAGAGGUCAUCGAGAGUUUGAUGACUCUCACAACAAGGGUCAUUUUUUGACAAUCCUAGAAGAAAUAGCAAAGCAUGACCCUCUCAUAGAGAAAAGGAUGAAUGCAUGUGGCAAUGCUAUGUACACAAGCCACUAAAUCCAGAACAAAGUUCUUGAGGGCUGAGCUGAGAUGGUACAGAGUGAAAUAAUAAGAGAAGUAAAAGAAAGUGAAGUUUUUAGUGUAAUUGCAGAUGAAACCAGAGAUUUAAAGAAAAAAGAACAAAUGUCUUUAGUUGUGAGGUACUGUUACAACGAGACCAUCCACAAAAGCUUGUUACACUUUCAGUCAGCUGAAAGCUUUGAUGCUGCAGGUCUCACUAAAAUGAUAAUUGAUUGCCUUGAAAAACAUGGUCUGGAAUACAGAAAUAAUCUUGUGGUGCAAGGCUAUGAUGGUGCAGCCGUCAUGAGCGGAAAGCAUUCUGGUGUGUCUGCACGGAUUAAAAACAGUGCAAAAUGUGCAUUUUAUGUGCACUGUAAUGCUCAUUGUUUGAAUUUGGUUCUUGUCGAUGCUAUAAAAUCAGUGCCUGAGGCAGUUCACUUUUUUGUUCUCCUGCUGAAGCUUUAUAACUUUGUAUCUGGCUCGUAUGUUCAUCUCAAGUGGCUUCCAGUUCAGAAAAAGCUGUAUCCACACCAGCAGCUCAGGGAACUGCAGAGACUUACGGAUGUAAGGUGGGCAUGUAGAUACAUGGCAUGCCGUAAUCUGAGGGACAGGCUUCCAGCAGUUCUGAGAGCGCUACAGGAUAUCACACUUGAAAAUAGUGGUGAUGGAUCAGUGGAGGCAAGGGGCCUUCUUUCUCAGAUUGAUUUACAUUUCAUAGGGCUUUUGGUUACCUUUUAUAAAGUGCUUGGUGAUGCCAAAUGUCUUUCUGACAUGCUCCAAUCAAGCUCUCUUGGCCUAGCAAGGGUUGUGGAUCUAGUAGGUGCUUUUACAGACACAUUACAGGACUACAGAAGUGAGGGUUACUUUGGAGAACUAUGGAAAGAGGUUGAAGAGACUGCGGAGCACUGCAAAAUAAGUGUACAAACAGUGUGUAAAAGACAGCCUAAAACAAGCUUAAGAUUUCACGACUCAUUGAUGAUGAGCAAUGUAGGACAAAAACAUAGUGACCAAAGUCAUGGUGAGAGCUUCCAAAGAGCUAUCUUUUAUCAGGUGCUUGACAGUCACACAGCUGAGCUGCAGAGGCGUUUUUCAAAGAAGAAUUGCGAGAUAAUGCAAGGGGUCCAGUCUCUCAACCCAAAGAGUACAACAUUCUUGAAUGAGGAGCCUCUGUUUGCCUUCGCUCAGACCUUUGAGUCAGAUUUAGAGGACCUCAAACAUGAGGUUCAUCAAACCAAGCAGCUUCUUGAUAGGAGAGAGAAAAGUGGAAGGAACAGACCGUCUACUCUCCUUGACUUUGUUGUGUUUCUAGAACCUCAUAAAGAGGUCUUCCAUGCGCUAUUUCGACUUUGUAAGAUUUCUGUUGUUACACCAGUCACCCGUGCUUCUUGCGAGAGUGUUGCAGUGCUUCAGAGCACUGCUUCAGCUUUAAAACUGAUUUAAAACCCACCUUAGGACAACAAUGGUUGAUGACAGGUUAAGUCACCUCAGAAUUCUCAGUGUUGAGUCAAGGAGGGCACACUCCCUCAACAUGGAUGAGUUUGUGAAACAUUUUGCCAGUUCUCACCAGAACUGCAGAAUUAUGCUGUUUUAAAUCUACCUAGGCUAAUUUGACACUUAGGCGGUCCCUCUGGUCAUGAUUAAAACCUGCACUGUGUACUAGCUAGUACACUGACAUUCUAAAAUGAUCAAUCCAAAGGUUAUCAUGUCACACAGAUUUAAUUUGGUCUUGAUUAGGCCAAUUCCAAAACUUUUCUUUGCUAUUAGCUAACAUAAUAUACUGCUCAAAAAAAUAAA